AUGACCAUGGAUCCCGACGCAGCCCAACGUGUCGUGGAAGGAUUCGCAUCCCUCAAAGAUGAUCGAAGUCGCGAAACCACAUUGCAGGGAAUCUUGAGAUUGCUCACCCCACGCGAGAUUCGAGGCAUCAAUCCCGGUACCCGCGAUGUAACUUCUCGGCUUGACAUACUAGGCUGUCUUCCUCUAGAGCUUGCGUGUUAUGUCGCCAAGUAUCUCGACCCAGCCGACGUUUUUAGUCUCCGAAGGGUGUCCAAACGCUGGAAAGACCUCUUUACGCAGAAAGAUAUCCUUUUCUACUGUGCGAGGAUAAUAUCCCCAAAGCCGUGUUUUGGACUACCCCCAGCCCAGCUUGAGGGCAUAAUCAAAAGACAAGCGCGUUUCGAAAUAGGUCAGCCGGUGAUCACGGCUACCCUGAAGGAUCUUAGCUGGAGCCCACAAGAUCGGGAAGAUGAGGCUAUUUUCUCGUACUACGAUGUAUGCAACGGAAAACUUGCAUAUCUUCAACACGACACAACAUACUCCGUGCUAUGUGUGAACUUAUGGACUGGUGAGAGAGAAGUGUUUACUAUUGAGGAAUCACAGAGGGCGUCUCGCUUAACUAUUCACUUGUCAGCACAAUUACUGGCAGUGCGCUUGGUCAAUGGACGUUGGCACAUCUGGGAUCUACUCACCAAAGAACACAAAUUGUUCACUGAGGAUCAACGCGCUUUCUCCUCUUGGGUCAGCGAGUGUGAUUUGUUUUUACUGACUAGAAAAGGGCUCUUUCAAUUCUGCUUCCGCCAAAACCGUGUCCAUAAUUUUGGCAUCAAUAAGGAUUGCCUAGUGAUACGAUCUCAAGGAUGCGAAAAAGUUUUCGUGCUCACACUCGAGAAAACAGACGGCACAAGGCCUUUUGACUGGAUCGGCACUCUGGAGGAACUGAAACUCUAUCAGUUGGUCGUCAGGUCGCGUGAAAGUCAGUCCACUGCGUCCACUGAGGUGCAAAGACAUGAUCUUUCAUCUUUCCUACCAGAUUUACCCCUUGACAUUUCUCCGCGCCUUUCAAGGUCUUUCCGUAACCAGCUAGCCGGCUGUAUUUUUGAUAAUGGGUUGGAACAAGAAAUUCUCUAUUUCUCGCUGAAUGAGUGUGGCCUGAUCACUACCCACCGCUUCCUUUACCGAAAUGAUCGGAAUGAUGAGGUUACUCACGACCCAAUUCAUAUUUCGCAUGGUGUGAUGUACAUCAGACGGUCGCCUAGGGAAGCUGACCCUCCGGCAGGCCAAGUGACAUUUGCCUCUGGGUCGAUGAUGGCUUCCAUGCCACCGCGGACUGUGGGCUAUGAUCUCAAGAUUCGCCCCCUUCCAAAGUAUGACUGCGGGUUUUAUCAUCAAGAUCCCGACAUUUGCGAUAUGAAAGGAGGUGACCAAUUCCUUGUCGUGACAAAAUCGGACUGUGUCUAUAUCUGGGGACUCGAUGAUGCGUGGAGGCCCUCUGAGGCUCUAUCUGAGGCCGGGAUUGAGUUUGAAUGCGAGUCGAGCGUCUUCGGUUAUUGA